AUGUCAUCCGAAAGCUUGUUGACUAAUGGUUAUGUUCAAUACUUUCUCGUGCCUCAUAAAAUGGGAUGUGGUUAUAGCAAUCACGGAGAUCAGAUAUUUAUUGACCAAACGAAAGAUAAGGGGCAGGAAAUUAAAGUGUCUUCAACACUAGAGAAUAUUGAUGAGCAUGCAGAUGAAGACAGCAGUAUAAGCGAUGGCAAUAAAAAUUUAGUCGCCGCUAGUGAGAAUUCUAAUAAAAUUACUACCGUUACGAUCAAUAAAGAAUCUUUUAGCGGACCAAUUUCUUAUAAAGAGCUGAUAGAAAAUGUUCAAGAAAAUAAAGAAGAGUGCAUCCAACCUGUUAAAUCGAAAACGUUUAUGGGCUUACCAACUAAAAAUACAGACACAAUAUCGCGAUCCCAAGCGGACUUCUUUGAAAUGUUGGAUAGGAAAAUAAAUGACGGACCUGAAAUUUCUGACUAUGAAUUAGAAUCCUAG